AUGAGCGCACCACCGUUGUCAGCCGAUGGAUCGGUGCCGUUGACGCCGGAAGGGGAUGCGCCCCAGGCUCAGACGGAUUUUGUCUACAGCGACAGCCAAGCCAACGCAACGAUCGCAUUCGGCGCCAUCAUUACGAUUAUCACAACCGCCUCUGUUAUUGCUCGACUUUACACGCGUUAUUUCAUUACGAAGCAAGUCCGCGUAGAUGAUGCAUGGGCCCUACUUGCUCUGGUCAGCACGAUUGCUGUCAACAUCAUGCAGAGUGUUUUCACCAAGGUGUAUCUACCUACCAUGCUGGCCAUGGUCACAGCCAAUAACGAAGGAUCAAAAAUCCCUUAUGCCGUUGGGAUUACAUACAACAUCGCCAUGGCUGCCUUAAAGAUGACUUUCCUAUUUCAGUUCUAUCACAUUUUCCGAAACGUACGCAUCAUGAGAAGAGUAUACGUUGGCGCCAUCGUCUUCGUCGCCGCUUGGACCUUGGCGCAGAUCUUGCUCCAGAUCCUGAUCUGCUUGCCGAUAGAAGCCAACUGGGAUCACAGUGUACGAACCGCCAAGUGUCUCCCGAGCGUGCUGUCGACGUACUUCAAUGCAACAGGAACAUUGGUCACCGAUGUCAUUGUUCUCUUUCUGCCCCUUCCUACUCUUUGGAGUUUGAAGCUGAACAGCAGUCAACGUUGGGCUGCGCUGGGUGUAUUCGGCAUUGGCGCAUUAGUUCCCAUCAUGUCAGCUGGUCGUAUUUGGAGUUUGACACACGCACCGCCAAAAGGCUCUUUGAGCAAGGUCUUUGAGGUGUUCACUAAGGAGAAGUUCCUCCGAAGCUCAACGGGCGGUAGCCAAGGUGACCAGUCGGGGUUGAAUCUGCAAAACGGUGCGACAAGCACCAUGGUUACGACUUCCCGCAAUCACAGUAUCUCUAUGUCUGAGGGAGCCGCUAAUUUCUUGGGCGAAUUUGGCAUUCUAGUAGAGAGAACUUGGGAGGUUGAGGAGAUCCGCAUGGAAUAG